AUGGAAGGAGAAUCCAGUUUUUCAACUGUCGCACCACCAGUCUUUGAUGGAGACAAUUAUCAAAUGUGGGCAGUUCGAAUGGAGACUUAUCUGAAGGCUUUGGAUCUUUGGGAAGCAAUAGAAGAGGAUUACAAGGUCCCUUCACUUCCAGCAAAUCCUACUGUAGCACAAAUCAAAUUACAAAAGGAAAAGAAGACAAGGAAAUCAAAGGCGAAAACUUGCUUAUUUGUCACUGAUUAUCUCAAGGCUGAAUAUGAAGGAGAUGAGAGGAUUCGUAGAAUGAAAGUCCUGAAUUUGAUUAGGGAUUUCAAGUUGCAGAAGAUGAAGGAGUCGGAGUCGGUGAAAGAGUACUCUGACAGACUGCUUGGUUCUGUGUUAAAUGAUUCCAGGAUCGUUGAAAAGCUGCUAGUCAUUGUUCUAGAGAAGUUUGAAGCCACCAUUACUACUCUGGAGAACUCCAAAGACUUGUCAAAGAUUUCUCUUAUAGAGCCCUUGAAUGCUUUACAAGCACAAGAGCAAAGGAGGUUUAUAAGGCAACAAGGGGUGAUUGAAGGUGUCUUACCUAUUAAGCAUCAAGACAACAGCAGGUAUAAAAACAAGAAAAUUUUUAAAAAUCAAUCGACGAAUGGAGAUUCAUCUGCCAAUUAUCAGAAGACAAAAGGAGGAGGUUUCAAAAAAUCCUAUCCACCUUGGCGCCAUUGUGAGAAGAAAGGUCAUCCACCAUACAAGUGUUGGAGAAGACCUGACGUCAAAUGCUCCAAAUGCAAUCAACUUGGACAUGAAGCUGUGAUCUGCAAAGUUAAAGGUCAGGUGAAAGAAGUAGAUGCACAAGUAGUUGAUCAAGAAGAAGAAGAUCAAUUGUUUGUUGUCACUUGUUCCUCAGGCAAAUAA